AUGGCUUCUUCUCGCCCCGAUCUGGCCCAGUACCCCACCGGCUUCACAAUUCUCCGCAUCUUCCAGGCCGUUCUUAGCAUCAUCGCCAUCGUGGUGACAUCCUUCACAAUCAACGCUGUAGUCCUCCCAGCUAACUGUUUGUUGAUCGUUGCUAGUUCAGCAACACUUCUGGUCUCACUAUGGGGUGCCUUCGCCCACCUAUCAUUCAGUCGUCUGUUCAGCUUCCGAGCAGCCUUUGCUCUUGAUGGAGCCCUUGCUCUGCUCUGGGGCGCCUCAACUGCUGUUUUGGGUGCUCAGACAGCCGUCAUAUGGAUCCAUGGCUCUGAUUACUGCGAGACAAACAAAUGUCCUGACAACUUAAUGGUUGUGAGCCGCUUCUACGCAUACAUCUUUGCCAUUUGCUUUGGGCUUGGCAUCAUUGGCUUGAUAUUUUCAAUCGUGACUCUCGUCUUUCAUGGUGUGGCUAGUUGUCGCCAGCAUAAGUACAACCAGAUUGGCAUGAAUAAGGAGGCCAAGCCAAUUGAUAUUGCUCCAAAGCACCCUCAGGAUUCAACUGCUUAUCAGGGGGCGGCAGGAUACCAGUCGUUAGCAUAG